AAGGGGGCGGAGGCGGCGCAAAGGGCGCGCUCUGGAAUCACGUGACCGGGACGCGCCGUUCUUCCGUCGGCCAUUUUAGGUGGUCCGCGGCGGCGCCAUUAAAGCGAGGAGGAGGCUAAGAGUGGCCGCCGCUGGUUCUUAUUCUUUUUUUUUUUUUUCAGUGCAGCGGGAGCGAGUGGGAGUGCGCGCCGCGUGAGUGGGAGGCGAGGGGGGCAGGCCAAGGGAGCGGCGCCGGAGCCUGUGCAGCCACGCGCGCGCCUUCUCGUUGUGUGCUUCGCGAGGCCGGGCGGGCGCGCGGCGGCGGCGGCGGCGGCGGCGGCGGGGAUUACUUUGCUGCUAGUUUCGGUUCGCGGCGGCGGCGGGUGUCGUCUCGGCGGCGGCGGAGGCAGUAGCCAGUAUGUCGGAGGAGCAGUUCGGCGGGGACGGGGCGGCGGCGGCGGCAACGGCGGCGGUAGGCGGCUCAGCGGGCGAGCAGGAGGGAGCCAUGGUGGCGGCGGCGCCGGGGGCAGCGGCGGCGGCGGCGGGAAGCGGAGCCGGGACCGGGGGCGGCACGGCGACCGGAGGCACGGAAGGCGGCAGCGCCGAGUCGGAGGGGGCGAAGAUCGAUGCCAGUAAGAACGAGGAGGAUGAAGGCCAUUCAAACUCCUCCCCUCGACACACUGAAGCAGCGACGGCACAGCGGGAAGAAUGGAAAAUGUUUAUAGGAGGCCUUAGCUGGGACACUACAAAGAAAGAUCUGAAGGACUACUUUUCCAAAUUUGGUGAAGUUGUAGACUGCACUCUGAAGUUAGAUCCUAUCACAGGGCGAUCAAGGGGUUUUGGCUUUGUGCUAUUUAAAGAAUCCGAGAGUGUAGAUAAGGUCAUGGAUCAGAAAGAACAUAAAUUGAACGGGAAAGUGAUUGAUCCUAAAAGGGCCAAAGCCAUGAAAACAAAAGAGCCCGUUAAAAAAAUUUUUGUUGGUGGCCUUUCUCCAGAUACACCUGAAGAGAAAAUAAGAGAGUACUUUGGUGGCUUUGGUGAGGUGGAAUCAAUAGAGCUCCCCAUGGACAACAAGACCAAUAAGAGGCGUGGGUUCUGCUUUAUUACUUUUAAAGAAGAAGAACCAGUGAAGAAGAUAAUGGAAAAGAAAUACCACAAUGUCGGUCUUAGUAAAUGUGAAAUAAAAGUAGCCAUGUCGAAGGAACAGUAUCAGCAACAGCAGCAGUGGGGAUCUAGAGGAGGAUUUGCAGGACGAGCUCGUGGAAGAGGUGGUGGCCCCAGUCAAAACUGGAACCAGGGAUAUAGUAACUAUUGGAAUCAAGGCUAUGGCAACUAUGGAUAUAACAGCCAAGGUUACGGUGGUUAUGGAGGAUAUGACUACACUGGUUACAACAACUACUAUGGAUAUGGUGAUUAUAGCAACCAGCAGAGUGGUUAUGGGAAAGUAUCCAGGCGAGGUGGUCAUCAAAAUAGCUACAAACCAUACUAAAUUAUUCCAUUUGCAACUUAUCCCCAACAGCGGGAACUUCAUUGCAGGCCCUGUGUCGCGCUGACUUCACGAUUCUCACAGGCCCGCUCAAUGCGGACAGGGUACGAGAUGCUCACGCUCUCGAAUGCUGCCGUUUGGUAUGGUCUCUUCCAACAUCCUGUAUCAGCAUUAUAAAAUAAAAUGGAUACUUCAAGCUUUGCCUUCACUUAUUUCUUUGCUUUUAAAAACUAUUUGUAAUGUAAUUUUAAUGCAUUUUUUACAGGCCCAGUAAUGGUUAAAUACGUCAGCUUACUGAAUAAUUUUAACUAUUUAUUCUUCUAAGGAUACAGCUUGUCUCUGGAUUUUCCAGUCUUAAUUUUAUAUUUUAUUAAUCUACUUUAAUGCUUGCUUUUCCCAUUUAUAGACGUUGUAGCAGUAAUUGCAAGAAGUUCUUGAGCUGAAUUCCUGUUGUGACAACUUCCUAUAUAUCUAUUAAUUCAUUAUGAUAACUUUUUCUUCUACUUGUAUAUAACUUUUCUAUAACUUGUGACGAACAAAGAGAUAUGCUGAUCCAAUAAGAAGUUUAAAUACUAGAUGCUCUUGGGUCAAUAUGUCCUUUUACCAAAUUUACGUUUUACGAGUUCUUUAGGAAAUACUUUUUAAAAAGCUUUUUCUAAUUUUAAAGAAUUCUUAUGAAAGCAUAUCACAUAUUAAACCAGUGGUGCACAUGUGGAUUUACAGCUCAUGGACUCUACUAUUCAGCUUUAAUUUAUAAAACAUACCACACAUUUAAUGUUAUAUACGUAUUUACGUGUAGUUGAAUAUAGGGAUAAUUAAGUUUAUGUAAGUGUUUGAUAAGUAUUGUAGCCUACCCAGAGUGACUUUUUUUUUCUUCUCUUUGU